AUGGACGUGGACGUGGACCUGACGUGGACGUGGACGUGGACGUGGACAUGGACGGGGACGGGACGUGGACGUGGACGUGGACAUGGACGUGGACAUGGACGUGGACGUGGACGUGGACGUGGACGUGGACGUGGCGAUGGACGUGGACGUGGACGUGAACGUAGACGUGGACGUGGACAAGGACGUGGACAUGGACGUGGACGUGGACGUGGACGUGGACGUGGACAUAGACGUGGAGGUGGACGUGACGUGGACGUGGACGUGGACGUGGACGUGGACAGUGCAAAUAACAUGGACGUGGUCGUGGACGUGGACGUGGACGUGGAUAUGGACAUGGACGUGGACAUGGACGUGGACAUGGACAUGGACGUUGACGUGGACAUGGACGUGGACAUGGAUGUGGACGUGGACAUGGACGUGGACGUGGACGUGGACAUGGACGUGGACGUGGACGUGGACGUGGACGUGGUCGUGGACGUGGACGUGGACGUGGACGUGGACAUGGACGUGGAAGUGGACGUGGAAGUGGACGUGGAAUUGGACGUGGACAUGGACGUGGACGAAGACAUGGUCCUGGACGUGGACGUGGACGUAGACAUGGACGUAGACGUGGACGUGAAGGUGGACAUGGACGUGGACCUGGUCGUGGACGUGGACGUGGAGGAACAUGGACGUGGACGUGGACGUGGACGUGGAUGUGGACGUGGACGUGGACGUGGACGUUGA